CCGGUACAAGACUCACUUCGACCAUCCGCAAGUUUAUUUGAGAUCAAGAUGACAGACAUGGACGUCGAUGCUCCUGCGCCUUCCAAAAAGGAAACAAAGGACGACGGGAAGCAACGAUUCGAAGUAAAGAAGUGGAAUGCAGUAUCUCUUUGGGCAUGGGAUAUUGUCGUCGACAACUGCGCUAUCUGCAGAAAUCAUAUCAUGGAUCUUUGCAUUGACUGUCAAGCAAAUCAGGUGUCUGCAUCUACAGACGAAUGUAAUGCUGCAUGGGGGAUAUGCAAUCACGCAUUCCAUUUCCACUGCAUCUCACGUUGGCUCAAGACGCGCAAUGUAUGUCCGCUUGAUAAUCGUGAAUGGGAGCUCCAGAAAUACGGACGAUGAUUGUGGCAUGUCAAGCUCCUUUACAUCCGCGUCUUGUUCCCUUACUGUAAGACGUCGUUAUUCAUCCACUGUAUCCACCAUAGGAGUAGUUUUAUGCUGCAUUACCCCAAUUUCUUGGCAGAGUAAACUUCUAUUUGAAGCUGUUUGAGAGGCAAUAACUUGACUUGAAUUGA